AUGUCGGGUGACUUUCAAGGAGAGACCGUAGGCAUCAUGGCCGUGCCUGGAGUAAUGCGCGUUGUUCAGCCGGCACAAGGAGUGACAAAGCUGGAGGAAGCAGUGGCUUCUGCCUACGUCACCAAUGCGCACCUUGCCAAGGACAUCCACAGGCUCAUGCGGGCACAAAGUUGGCCUGCGCUUUUUGCAGAGUACGGCCAUAUUGUGAAGGCACUGAUGGCAUACGUGCACAAAGUAGAGCGAGCUUAUGCAGCCAAGAGAACGCUGUAUCGCGGCAUGAGACUGGCGGAGUAUCAUUUGACCGAGAACUACGUGGUUGGGCGCGUUGUCACUUGGCACGCUUUCUCAAAUGUCACCACUGACUUGGCUACUGCUCUCCUGAAUGUCACCACUGACCGCCAGCUUGCCCAGUCCUGCGCCCAACAUGACCGUGGUCUGUUCGGCUCCGUGGGCUCAGACGGUGUCGAAGUCCUCUUUGUGAUCCAGACCAGUUCCGGCCGGGGAGCAACACUUCCGGGAAACUACUCGGAGCUGCUUCUGGCACCCUUUACGUACUUCGAGGUGCUUUCUGUGGAGCGUCAGAGAACUUGGGUCAUCACGAUGCAAGUGGUAAAACUGCAACGGUCUUGGGUCGAGACCAGCCCUCACCGACUGGUGCUGCUGCAUCCAGGGAGUAUGCCGUGGCCAUGGUCAGCAAUUCCCAAAGAGGUCUUGUCGGAGUUGGAUGAUGAUGCUGAGGAGGCUGUCAGGCGGAAGUUGGACCCUCCAGGUGCACUGCUCCUGGCUUCCUUCGUGGCGAUCAUCAAUGCCCUUCUCGUCGGUUUGUAUUUUGCUGGCUUUGACGUGGAUGACUUCACCAUUGUUUACUCGCAAAGCUGA